AUGGAGCUUCCCAGUUACAGCAGGCAGCUGCUGCAGCAGCUGUGCUCACUCUGCAAAGGGCAGUGCUUCUGUGACUGCACCAUCUUCCUUGGGAAUGUUCAUUUUAGAGCAUACAAGGUGGUUCUGGCUGCUGGCAGCCCUUUUAAACCCCUCUUGGGCAGCACAGACACCAUCUCCAUUGAUGCCUCUGUGGUGACCCCUGAGGAGUUUGCACUUUUGCUGGAGAUGAUGUACAGUGAAAAGCUCCCACUGGGGAAACACAACUUCACCAAAGUUAUCUCUGUGGCAGAUAGUCUGCAGAUGUUUGAUGUGGCUGUUAGUUGUAAAAACCUCCUAAGGGACCUCAUCAGUCAGGACCAGGCAGAGAGAGACGUCUCCAGCCAGGCAGCAGACUCAUCUGGAAACCAUGUUGAAUCUAAUAACCCACCUCAGUCUGAAAACCCCAAUGAAGGAGAACCAGGUCUCCCUCUCCCUCAGAGAGUUUCUCCUUUUCCUGACCCUGUGGACACAGAAAUGGAAGCAGAUGUUUCUCCUGGCCAAGAACUUACAGUGAAUCACAACUGGAUUCACCAGGACACAAUGUGAUGCAACUCCAGUUCUCUCCAGGAGGAUUCAGGGGCUCAUCCUGAUCAGCCUGCCUGUGCUGAGCAGGGUGGCUGUGUUGAGGGGCUUGGUCAGCCCGUGAAGGACAAAGGGGGAGCAAGGGAUUUAGCAGCAGAGAACAAAAGCUGUAAAGGGGAUUUCAUUCUUUGGUAUGAAAGUGCUUUCUCUGAGGCCUUUGAUGCCUGAGCUGUGCUGAAAAAACCAGAGGAGUGCAGAGAAAUGGAUGCCCCUCAGAAGGAGGCUCUGGUUGCCUGUCUGGCAGAGGCAGGGGAACAGUCAGCGUUCAAGAAGCUGCUGAGCAGAGUGAAGGACACUCAGCCCCUCGUGUCAUUCCCGAAGCUCUUUCAAGCCCCCAGUCUGAGGCUGAGAGCAGCCUUGCUGGAGAGGGAACAGGGCACUGGGGAAGCCCCACAGCAAGCAGCUCCAGAAUUGGAGAGCACAGACGAGGGAGAGACGCUGACCGGCGGCUGCCGGCACACGGGGAGGAGAUGCUCCCGUGUCACACAGCUGAGCCCCAGCACAGAGCUCCUGGAGGCAGCAGCAGAGGGAUUCCUGACCGCCCUGGAGAAGCUGGGAGUUCAGGGUUGCUGUGCAGGCAGCUCUCAGGGGGAAGCUGUGGCCAAUCUGCUCAGGGAGGUGGAUGAAGAGAAAGGACCAUUCCCUGGGCUCCACCUUCUGCUGGACAACUUGGUGCCAACAGCAAACACCUCUGAUGGCAAAGGUGUGUUUGUGCUGAACUUCAGAGCCCAGGGGAUUGCCAGGGAGGUGCUGCAGUGUGUGGUGAGGUGUGGGGCCAGCACUGGAGGAAGGAUCCUGCCCAUCUCUGCCCUCUGGCAGCUGCUGGUGGCCAUGCAGGAGCUGCCACUGCUGCACCUGCUCAUGGAAGAGAUCCACAAACAGCCCCACACAGAGUCCUUCUUCCAGGCAGCAACAGCCUCCCUGUGCUCUCCACUCGCUGGCCACUCCAUCCCCCUCCAGGAUCACUCCAUCCCCCUCCAGGAUCACUCCAUCCACUUCCAGGACCACUCCAUCUCCUCCCAGGACCACUCCAUCUCCCCCCAGGGCUACUCCAUCCACCUCCAGGACCACUCCAUCUCCCCCCAGAGCCACUCCAUCCCUCUCCAGGGCCACUCCAUCCACCUCCAGGACCACUCCGUGCACAUGAAACCUUGUGGGGUGGCCAGAGGAAAGCAAAUCCAGGGCAAGGAGUGCACUGGCACAUCAAUGAUGAUGGAGAAGCAUCAACUGGAGCUCCACAGGGUGAUGGGGACGGUCAAGAAGAGGAAAUGUCCCCCCAUGGUGUGUGGUGUCUGCAGCUGAGGGUUUGCUCCUGCCUCAGGGAUGCAGCACCACAAGCUGAGGGAGCUCUGGGACCAGAAGCCUUUCUGCUGCCAGGAGUGUGGGGCCAGGUUCAUGGUCAACUCCCUGCUGAAGAACCACCUGCAGCCACGCUCAGGGGACCUCAUGUGCAAACACUGCCUCAUGCCCCUCCUGCAGGCCUCAGCCCUGGCCUCCCACACCGAGCAGCAGCAUGCUGAGGGUGACCCUUCCCCACAGGAGCCCAGCCAUGGCCUUAUUUAG